AUGAAACAAGUGCUGGUCGCCUUGUGGGAAACGGUCCGGGCCAUUUUCCGCAACUUCUGUGAAAACACUUCCUUGCACGGGCUACGCUACGUGUACGGUAAGGACGGGGCGCACAAAGGGGGAUUGUUGCGCCUGAUGUGGCUGCUGGUGUGCGCGGUCAGCAUCGGCUUCACGACCGUAAUGGGAAUGAUCGCGUGGGUCCGUUUCCGCAACACUCCAACGAUAACGACGAUCGAAACGACGACUUAUCCGAUCUGGAAGAUCCCGUUCCCGGCGGUCACUGUUUGUAAUGUCAACAAAAUCGACAGCAAGAAGGCAGACGCCAUCAUCGAUAGGCUUGUGACGGAGUUCGGGUUGAGCGAAGCGAACGCCACCGGUCUACUGAUAGCCCAGGCGAGUUUGGUCAACUUUGAGCGGGUCAACGAUAGUUUUCUCGAGCUGGAAGGUGUUCUGGGUCGGAUGGGAUGGAAUCCGGGCACUUUGCUGUUAGAGCUAAGCCAACCCUGCGCGGAGCUCAUCAAAGUGUGCUACUGGCUCGGGGUGGAGAUACCGUGUCCGAAGAUUAUUCGGCGCACGAGAACCGAUAACGGCUAUUGCUGUUCGUACAACGUGGACGACACGAUGGAACCGCUGAUCGCGCAGGAUAAUCAAAGCACACCGACCGAGACCGAGGUGUCGUACCGUGCGAAGCGACUCUCGGGAGCGGGUCGACACGUGGGCCUGUCGUUGCUGAUCGAUGUGCAGCCCGACACCUAUAUGGCCCCGACCAAGUCGUUCUAUGGGGCAGAAAUUUACGUGCACGACCCAAAAGAUUUCCCGUCCGAUGCGGACUUUGAGCACGUGGCCCAACCGGGCUGGGAUGUGGUUAUGUCCGUCAUUCCGCUACCGAUCGAGAGCAGCAGCACGAUGAGCCAGGUGCCGUUGGCCAUGCGCAAGUGUUUUCUGCCGGAAGAGGACGACGAUGACGAUUGGGACGAAAACUUCAAUCUCAACGUUUGUCUCUCCGAGUGUCGACUCCGAACCAUCAUCAGCCUAUCAGGAUAUUUCUACAGUUUGCGCACGGACACGCUACCAGAUGCGGAUCACUCGGACAUGCACUUCGGAAUGGACUGCGACUGUAAGCCUCCUUGCUCGGUGUUGAACUACAACGUGCAGACGAUCGCUAGCCAAAGGCAGACUACAAGGUUUAAGUCCGCAAAUUACGGCGGUAGAGACGUUACGAUGUACGCCACGUUGAAUGUCCAUUUUAAGGACAUGUACUGCGUCAAGUAUAAGCGCGACGCCUACAUGACCUGGGACUCGCUGGUGGCCACGUUCGGUGGUAUCUUCGGCCUCUGCAUGGGAGGCUCGGUGCUGAGCAUUGUGGAGCUGCUGUACUACUUCACCGUUAAGCCGUUCACCGUAUACAAGGCCCACUCGAAGCGAUCGCAAAAGCAACCCCAGCAACCGCAGGGACGCCGGAUGACUGUGCGUCCCUAUGUAUCACCGUACAGUACGCAGCGUUACGGGAAGGGAUACUUUAUGCGUCCCCAUAAGCUACUGUCCCGCGAGAAGGACAUCGUCCGUAACACCGCUCUUCUUGGGAUGAGAAGUUCGGAGAAAAGCCUACCCCAACACCAAAGUCUGGCGUUCAUUUACUGA